AUGCCCGGAGCUGCUCCGCUGGGACGAGCCACUCCGACCCCCUCCUCCACCGCCACCCCCGCCUCCACCGCCACCCCCGUCGCCACCGCCACCUCCCCCACCAGGACCGUCGCUCCCACCGCUCCCACCGCCUCCUCCGCUACCACCUCCGCCGCCACCUCCGCCUCCACCGCCGCCACUACUACCUCCACUCCCGCCACCACCCCCCCCGCCACCCCCACUCCCCCCUCCACCCCCACCGCCUCCUCCACCGCCCCCUCUGGCUCCACCCGCUCCCUUGCCCCCUUUGCCCUUGCCAGGACUCCUCAAGGAGGUCGACAGUGA